CGGGGGCAGUAGACUACAGUACACAGUAGUGCGGCUUGCGAGAGGCAACUCUGAAGCAGUGGAGCUUCUCAAACUUUGGCAGAAAAAUUUGACACAAAGAAGGCGUCCGACGGAUGCUUUGACAUUCAGAGCAUCAGAGGGUUAACCUCUUAACACUACGAAAAGCAACAAAGUUUUUAAAUAAAAGGGAAUUUGCGAUUUUCUUGGAGUUUCUUUGGAUUUAGCCCGUUAAACAACUACAUUGCUAGCUUGUUGCUGAAUACGUCUUCACACACGGACCUGCAACUUGGUCGCUAACAGCGUUGUUUCGGGAAUAUCUAGCUGGCACCUUGCUAGCAUUGUAGCAAAAAGAGAUUUUCAUCCCAGAAUGGACACAGGGGUUGUCACUGAAAAGAAAAGGGUGAGCUCGGAGCGCAGGAAAGAGAAGUCGAGAGAUGCCGCGCGAUGCCGGAGGGGCAAGGAGUCGGAGGUGUUCUACGAGCUGGCGCACCAGCUGCCCAUGCCCCACAACGUGAGCUCCAACCUGGACAAGGCCUCGGUCAUGAGGCUGGCCAUCAGCUACCUGCGCAUGAGGAAGCUGCUGAGCGCCGAUGAUGCGGUGGUGGAGUCUGACCUGGACUCCCAGCUCAACAGCUUCUACCUGAAGGCCCUGGAUGGGUUCCUCAUGGUGCUGUCUGAGGAUGGGGACAUGAUCUAUCUCUCCGAGAACGUCAGCAAAUGCCUGGGGCUGGCCCAGUUCGACCUGACAGGACACAGCGUCUUUGACUUCACUCACCCCUGCGACCACGAGGAGAUGAGGGAGAUGCUCGUACACAGAACAGGGUCCUCCAAGAAGGCCAAGGAGCCGAGCACGGAGCGAAGCUUCUUCCUGCGCAUGAAGUGCACGCUCACCAACAGGGGGCGCACCGUCAACAUCAAGUCAGCCACGUGGAAGGUGCUCCAGUGCUCAGGACACAUCCGUGUGCACCAGGACGAAGACCCCCAGAACAAGUGCGGCUACAAGGAGCCCCCCGUCCCGUACCUGGUGCUGAUCUGCGAGCCCAUCCCGCACCCCUCCAACAUCGAGUUCCCGCUGGACAGCAAGACCUUCCUGAGCCGCCACACGCUGGACAUGAAGUUCUCCUACUGCGACGAGAGGAUCACAGAGCUGAUGGGAUACGAGCCGGAGGACCUCCUGAAUCGCUCUGUGUACGAGUAUUACCAUGCCCUGGACUCAGACCACCUGACCAAGACUCACCACAACCUGUUUGCCAAGGGCCAGGCCACCACAGGCCAGUACCGCAUGCUGGCCAAGCGGGGAGGCUUUGUGUGGGUGGAGACCCAGGCCACCGUAAUCUACAACAACAAGAACUCGCAGCCCCAGUGCAUCGUGUGCGUCAACUACGUGCUCAGCGGGGUGGUGCAGGAGGACCUGGUCCUGUCUCUGGAGCAGACGGAGAAGAAGGCCAAGCCCGUGGAGGAGGAGGAGGAAGAGAAGAACCCCGAGGCUGACAUGGGCAAGCUCUUCACCAAGGUGGCGGAGGAAAAGGCCAUGGGGAGCCUGUACAACGAGCUGAAGGAGAAGCCCGAGGCGCUCACCCUGCUGGCUCCCGCUGCCGGAGACACCAUCAUCUCCCUGGACUUCAGCAGCCCAGACUCUGAGAUCCUGCUGGUGAAGGAGGUCCCCCUCUACAAUGACGUGAUGCUGCCCUCCAGCAGCGAAAAGCUGCCUCUGUCCCCCCUGCCCCCCAGCGAGCCGGCCCAGUCCCUGGUCGCCAAGCUGGAACCCAGCUCCGAGAGCUUCCCCUUCCCCGCACCCUGUUCCCAGGAAGCCUCCGGCACCCCCUCAGGCCCCAGCACUGGCCCCAGUUCCCCAGAGCCCGGCAGCCCGAUGGACUUCUGCUUUCGCGUCGACUCUGACAUCGGCAGCGAGUUCAAACUGGACCUGGUGGAGAAACUGUUUGCCAUCGACACAGAGCCCAAGACCCCUUUCACCACACAGGCCAUGGAGGACCUGGACCUGGAGAUGCUGGCCCCCUACAUCCCCAUGGACGAUGACUUCCAGCUGCGCUCUCUGUCCCCCGCGGAGCCCCUGACCCUCAUCCUGGCCAAGCCCGGCUCGGCCCCCCCCACACAGCACCUGCACGAGGCCUGCAGCUCUCCCAGCUCCCCCUUCAGCCAGACCUCCUCCCCCGCCCCCUCGGAGGAGUCGGACGCCCCGCGCUGUGCCACCCCGCUCGCCAAGAGGCUGUCCGCUCUGGACAGGGAGCUCAGUCCCCAGAGGCUGGCCAUACAGAACCGUCAGCGCAAGAGGAAGUUGGAGGACGUCACCAUCUUGUCCCAGGCUGUUGGACUGGGUGCUUUGCGCCAGGAAGUGACAGACCCUGCCGAGCAGGGAAAGAAAGCCAAGGUGCUGGAGGCUCGCGGCUCAGAGCUGCUUUCAAGCAAGACCAUCCUUCUCCUGCCUUCCGAUCUGGCCUGCCGCCUGCUCGGGACGUCUUUCGAGGGCAGUGGUCUUCCCCAGCUCACACGCUACGACUGUGAGGUCAACGCCCCGGUCCUGGGCCGCCAACACCUGCUGCAGGGAGAGGAGCUCCUGCGUGCCCUGGACCAAGUUAACUGAACUGAACGCCAGCCUGGUGUUCAGUACCGGACACUGCUACUCCACCCCCCACCCCAAACCAAGCUCCCUCUAUUUAUAUUUUCUAUGUCUAGUUACCGUCUUGCACCAUAUAUGUAGAUCUUAACGGAUUUCCCAUUUGGCAGAACAUAUAUUAACACAGCAGCAGCCUUGAGGUAGCCUUAACCUUGAGCACUGGGAAGGACAAGUGUACCAGCUGUCUUAUUGUGAUUCAGACCCAAUGUGGGCCAAAGGCCCACGCUCACCAGUGACACACGCGGUCAGUGGUUUGAAAAAUAGCCAUCUUCUUUUCUGUCUCCACAGUACCAGUGCUUUUGCCAGUGGUGUAUUGUAGCAUCGAUCGCACAAUUAUAUAUUUUCUUAAAAAAACAAAACAAAAAAAAAAACAAAAAAGAUUCCCAGCAGAUCAUGCAAUAUAUGAGGCAUUUUUAAAAGUACUUUAAUGAAAGAUUCAACAUUUAUUUUUUUCUGUAUUUUCUUUCCUGUUCUCUGUGUGAUGGUAGAGUGCAUAAAAAUGUGUUGCGUCUGGAUUCGUUUUGUCUCCCUGUCUAAUCUGUCACGAUCCGAAUGACGUCUGUUAGUGGUUCACCGAUAUAUGCGGCUUAGGCAGUUCUAUGUCAGUCCAUACAUGUUGCUGUACGCUGUGUAUUUGUUUGCAUAGAUCACCUGUAACAUUUAGAAUGAUGAAGAUUGCGUGUAAAAACACCAGCAAAAUUAACGUUUUGAAAUGAGCAGAAAAUUAAUUGUGAAACAUGACUGAGUCAUUUGGACCUGAAAUUGUGUGAUUUUUGGAAGUUAUCAUGAGAGGUUAGUAACAGAUGUAUAGUCUAAUUCUGAAAUAGAUUUUUAAAAUAUAUAUUUUAGUUACUUUAGUCACCUUUUCCCACCAGCUGAAAGGUAGCCAUGCAGUAGAUUUAAAUGCCCAUGCUUAAUCACUGUAGCAGAACAGUAUGUUAGGCUUAAUUGACGUAUAUUGUUGAUUAGUCCAGCCAGCCCAUAUUCCCAGCUUCACACUGUAUUUAAUGGUGGCAGUUAUGCAAUGUCGGUUCUCAUGCUUCUUGCUGUCACUGUACUAUUAACAAUUGUAACAACAUAAUACAUCUGUUGACUUUUUUGUGUCCUUGGGGAGUUACUUUCCUAAUAGGAUUUUGUCAUAUGUGUAAACUUCUGUUAAUUCAUCUUUCUGCUGUCUGUUGUUUGGUCUUCUAACACUAAAUGUAUUGUUUUAUUGCAUCAGUAAAUAAAAAAUGCGGACCAGGUUAUAUGAAAA